CUUAAAUCUCUCUAAAAAAAUGUUGGCAAUGGAGGAAAUUUUGUGUGAGCUUGAAAGAGAUGACAUUAAUGAACAAGGGUUGCCACCAGGUUUCAGAUUUCACCCCACUGACGAGGAACUGAUAACAUUUUAUCUUGCUUCAAAGGUUUUCAAUGGCAGCUUCUGUGGAGUGAACAUUGCUGAAGUUGACCUCAACAGAUGUGAGCCUUGGGAACUUCCAGAUGUGGCGAAAAUGGGAGAAAGAGAAUGGUAUUUCUUCAGCUUAAGAGACAGGAAGUACCCAACUGGAUUAAGAACAAACCGAGCAACUGGUGCUGGUUAUUGGAAAGCUACAGGAAAAGAUAGAGAAGUGUACAGUAGUGGAUCAAGUGGUGCACUUCUUGGGCUGAAGAAAACCCUUGUUUUCUACAGAGGAAGAGCCCCAAGAGGGGAGAAAACUAAGUGGGUCAUGCAUGAAUACCGCCUUGACGGAGACUUCUCCUGCCGUCACACAUGCAAGGAGGAAUGGGUGAUUUGCAGGAUUUUGCACAAAACAGUGGAGAAGAAAAAUCCAGCACUGUACCAAAAUUACUGCAUUACUGCUGCUGCU